AGCUUUGGGCGGUGUCGUUAUCCUGCGUGGCAGCAGCUGUUUAGAAAACGUAGAAGCGACUGGAAGCUGAUCAUUCAUUCAUUUCCACAGACUACUCAGUCCGUCCCACUGCAGACCAGCACUACACACAAGUCUGUAUGAGCCGCGGCUAGCUAAUCUUUGCAACAACUUGAAGCGUUAAAAUUCGCAUACCACAAUGUGAAAUUGUGCUUGGUGUUACGUGAGGUUGAGCCAGCUGGAGAUCGGACAGUCAUCGAUAGUGCUGCGGACCUGGUGCUUUUCAACAAGGAACAUGUGGUGGGCCCGACCCUUCCUGCCUGCUCUGGUUCUUCUCUCAGAGCUCUCUGUGGUCAAAGUCCAGACCGCACCUUGUCAGACCUGUCAAAAACUCACUGAGAGUUUCAUCAAGGGUUUGGAGCGAACAGCCAACAAGAAUUUUGGAGGAGGUAACACUGCAUGGGAGGAGGAGAAGCUGGCCAAGUAUGCACGCAGUGAGACACGGCUUCUUGAGAUAGUAGAAGCUGCUUGUGAGAAAACAGAUUUUGAUUGUAACCGGCUUCUGGAGCAGAUAGAAGACCAGGUAGAGACAUGGUGGUUCCACAGGCAGCAAGAGGCACCAGACCUGUUUGAGUGGCUGUGCAUAGAGGAGCUGAGACUCUGUUGUCCAGCUGGACGCUUUGGACCUGACUGCAAAGAAUGUCCAUCUGGACCUGGAGGUGUGUGUGGAGGUCUUGGCCGAUGUGAGGGGGAGGGUACUCGUCUGGGUGAUGGGGAGUGCGUCUGUGAUCCAGGAUACUCUGGCAAUUUAUGCCAGAACUGUGCAGAUGGUUACUACAGAGAGAAGAGCUCCAAUGACAGCACAGGAGGCUGUACAGCAUGUUACCACUCCUGUAAUAAAUGCACUGGGCCACAGGACUACAAAUGUCUGGACUGCAAACCCGGCUGGAUGCUCCAUGACAACAAGUGUGUGGACAUUGAUGAGUGUGGUACAGAGCUUGCUCGUUGUCCCUCGAACACCUACUGUCACAACACAGAUGGAUCAUAUGAAUGCAGAGGCUGCGACCAGGCAUGUGUGGGCUGCAUGGGUAGUGGCCCUGCCCGCUGUAAGAAAUGUGCACGUGGCUACAGACUGAAGGGAGCUAAAUGUCUUGAUAUAGAUGAAUGCAGUGAACGUGCAAUUGCUUGCCCAGGGCUCAAUGAGGCCUGCAUCAACGAGGAGGGCUCUUUCCACUGUGACUGUGCUGAUGGAUUCAUUAGAAGAGAUAGCAUUUGUGUUGAGAAUAAGCCUCCUGCUGGUCCAGAGAAGGGACUCUUUGAUGACAUGACUGAUGAUGAGGUCCUUGUACUGCAGCAGAUGUUCUUCGGCGUUGUUAUCUGUGCCUUGGCUACGCUCGCUGCUAAGGGUGACAUGGUCUUCACAGCCAUUUUUAUUGGAGGAGUAGCUGCUAUGGCUGGAUACUGGCUGACAGAGAAAGGAGACUACAUGCUGGAUGGAUUUCUGAAGGGACGCUAAUCUGUUUGAGACAAGGAUUUGACUAAAGGACUCUUGGAAUAACUAAGUUGAGUAAGACUCAACUGGGGCCAGGAAAGCAUCUUUUCAAUGCCAGCCUUUCAGGGAUUUACUUGUUGUAGAGUUACUUAAAAGGGCUCCAGUGCAUUAAUUGAUGUUUCAGAACCAGAGUAACCAGAAGGCUAUGAAGCCGUGAAUCUUCAGAGAAAUAUGAAACCAACACUGCACUGAUUUUAGGGAACUCGACUCGAUCCCCUACCUCAGCUAUGUUGGGAACGAGGGUGACAUCAAUCCAACUACUGAUUGUUAAAAUCUAUUAUGCAUUUAAAUGUCUCAUCUGACCUCUUUGUUUC